AUGAUGUUUGUUAUACACUGCCGGAGGCAUUACGACCAGGCGACACUGGCUCAGCUAAGUGACAUGCUCUACCACAAACAUCAGAUGCCAGCACUUGCUAGAGUUGAGGGAACCAUCCUGAGCGCCCUGACAGAGAAAAAAGUGGAGACAUUUCAUUCAUUGCUACGAAGAAAUAUAGAGCCUUGGAGUAAUGUGGCACAAAUUCAAAACGCUGCAAGAAUCCUAAAUACAAACAGGUUACACAACAACUUUAGUGACAACUUUGUCAACAAAUACCAAAAGGAGAGGGCAAGUGCGACUACAGCAUUGUUUGCGGAAAAGUGGCAGAAUUUCUGGUUGAUUUGUUUGCUGAUGUAUGGAACUGCCCUGAUAAAGUGGUGAUCCUCCCAAAAGGCCGCAAGAAA